AUGAAACGUAAAAAUUGCAAAUAAAAGAUUCCUUCAGUCUUCUCAUGUUACUCUAAAGCUCUCAAUCAGCAUCGCAUUGACCCAAACUACCUUGUUACCACACUUACCGAAUUUAAGCAAUCUAUUUAUCCGUUAUACGUACAAAAUCUCCUACAACAACUAGGCUGUUUCAAAAGGCUUCAAUAAUCAUGUCUCUACCUUCAACUUUCCAGGGCGCCGAAGUGCCUGAGCCAAAAGCCCAGCUAUCCAUUGCGCAACGCAGCCUAUCUGAUCUGAAACCCAACGAAGUAGCUGUCAAGGUCACUGCCACGGCUAUCAACCCCGUUGAUUACAAGAUACGCGAUUACGCCGUUUUCAUACAGAAAUACCCUGCAGUCCUCGGUUCUGAUGCAGCAGGUGUAGUAGCCGCUGUCGGUUCUGAGGUCAAAGACUUGCAGGUCGGCGAGCGUGUGUUCUUCCAAGGUAUCAUUGGAAACUACGAAUCAUCUACUUUCCAGCAGUAUUGCAAGAUGCCAGCUGAGCUAUUGUCGAAAACACCCGACAACAUCAGCGAUGAUGAAGCCGCGGGUAUCAUGCUGGCAACCGUAGCUGUUACGACUGCCUUUUACUCCGAAUCAGGGCACAGCAUGACACCACCGUGGCAGGAAGGCGGUCAAAGCGUUGGAAAGGGAAAGUCCCUAGUCAUCAUUGGCGGUGCGUCUUCUGUGGGACAAUAUGCCAUUCAAAUGGCUCGUCUAUCAGGAUUUGAGCGUAUCGUCACAAAUGCCAGUUCCAGCAACCAUGAGUUUCUCAAAAAGAUUGGGGCCCAUGUCGUUUUGGAUCGUUCAGAGUCCACUCCGGAUGCGCUUCUCGAAGCAACGGGAGGACUCCCCUUCGAAUUUGUCUUCGAUGCAAUUUCCAGCCCCGCUACACAGAAGCUUGCGGUACAGGUUCUGCAGAAAGCAAAGGUGUCUGGAGGCCAUGUAGUCAUCGUCCAACAACCCGAUCCUGAAGCCAAGGCACUAGGUCAGAGUGAAGAGCCCCACAUUGAAAUCAAGCCUGUUAUGGGCUUGGGAAGCUUGUCAUUCGUCCCCAUGAAACGAACUGAUUUAGGUUGUUUGCUUCCUUGAUCUGAACUUAGUACAUGCCCAUGCAAGAGAUUUGAUUAUGGCCCUAAUCAAAAAAUUAGUAGU